AUCUUCUUCCUUCCUUCCCGCUCUCUCUCUCUCUCUCUGUCUCUGUUCUCUGUUAGUGUGAAAUGAGAGAGAAUUCGAGUCCAUGAACAGAGCAACAGAAUUGCUUUUGGUUUAAGAAAUUAAUUCUUUUUCACCACACACACACACACACACACACACCGCAAAAUCCCCACCUCCCAAACGAACUAUACUCUGAAAAUUUCAUCAUUUAAAUAAUACUGUUCUUGGCCUUCUCGCCCCAAUUCAGAAUAACCCUCUUUCAUUCUGAAUCUCAAUUUCCAGGCCUUUCUUUCUCCUUUUGUGUUAAUACAACAAUGUUGGGUCUCCGUGAUGUUCUAUUUAUAGCACCGACGCCUUCUUCUCUUCACCAACACACCCAAAUCAUUUCUUCUGAUCAUCACCCAUCUCUUCCUCUGCCCUCCUCCACAGCUCUUGGCGUCAGCGUCGGCAUUUUCCCCCUUCUUGCUGCAACCCCAUGUCUCCAGCCGCCCCCUAAUCAGAUGCCUGAUGAAGUUAGCGAUCGUUGUCGGAGUUUGGAGAAUCUAAAGAGAACCCAGGAUUUUGGGUUUGGGAAAGGGGAUUCGUUGAUCGGCGGUGGCGGAAAUCAUGGCUACGACGACCAAGUGAAAGGCGAUGGUGGCGAUGGUUCUCUGGGUGUGUGUAGGGACUGUGGAAACAGAGCAAAGAAGGAGUGCGAGUAUCGGAGGUGUAGGACUUGUUGUAAAGGACGUGGGAAUCAUUGCUCUACGCACGUGAAGAGCACGUGGGUGCCGGCAUCUCGCCGCCGUGAGCGGCAGAUGUUGGUGGUGAUGGAUGGCGUCGCCACUAGUGGGUCUUCUGGUUCUUCUUCUGCUGGUGCUAAAAGGCCUAAAGUCUUGAUUCCCUCACAGACUGCCGCCGCCGCCGCCGCCGCCGCCGCCACCGAAACCCCAUCUCCCAAAAAAACCCCUGCUUCCACCACCGGCGCCGGGGACCGGCUGAAACGAGAUGAAUGGAGCGAAGGCGCAGUGUCCACCCUGCUGGAAGCUUAUGAAUCCAAAUGGGUCCUUAGAAACAGAGCCAAAUUGAAGGGUCAUGAUUGGGAAGACGUGGCCCGCCAUGUCUCUUCAAGGGCCGAUUUUACCAAAUCCCCCAAAACUCAAACCCAGUGUAAGAAUAAAAUUGAGUCCAUGAAAAAAAGGUACCGCUCUGAAUCCGCCUCCGCCGCCUCCUCCUGGCCCUUGUACCACCGCCUUCAUCUCUUGCUCCGGGGAAACACCCUCACCCCUCCACCGCCGCCUCCGACGCCGGUCAUUCUUCUGGAUCCUCCCCCACCACCUCCCGCUCCACCGCCGUUUCUGCCGGCACAAAACUCCCAUGGGUCCAAUGGUGUUGAUAGGAUUAAUCCUAAGGAGGAUGGGGUUGACAAUGGAAGAAGAAAUGAAUCAGAUGAGUUAUCAGAGAGGAGUAAGAAGAUGGUAAUAGAGACAGACAGUAGCACACCAGCAAUAGUAUACAGUGACAAAGACAAGGUAUCAAUGAGGCCUAAACAACAAACUAAAAUGAAGAACAGCAAGAAGAAGAAUAAGUCGACGAGGCUGUCGUCCGAGGAUUCAUUGGAGCAGAUCGCCGGGAGCAUACGGUGGUUGGCCAAGGUCGUGGUGCGAUCGGAGCAAGCUCGAAUGGAGAUGAUAAAGGAUAUUGAAAAGAUGAGAGCUGAAGCAGAGGCUAAAAGAGGUGAAAUGGAUCUCAAAAGAACACAGAUCAUUGCAAAUACUCAAUUGGAGAUUGCUAAGCUCUUUGCAUCUGCUACCAAACCUAUAGAUUCUUCACUAAGGAUUGGUAGAACUUAACUUCAAUUUUUAUUCAUCCAAUAAUAAAAAUCAUAUCAAUCUCAUAAACAUAUAACUCGUAUUAAUCUCAAUCAAUGUAACCUUCUCUUUCA